AUGACUAGUAGGGGUGAUUUCAAUGUAGUGUUGGGAGAGGAAGAGAAGAUAGGUGGCCUACCAGUGUAUCCUCUAGAGUAUGAAGAUUUUGCAUUCUGUGUCAACUCUUGUGGAUUGUUUGAUCUUGGAUACAAGGGUAGCCCUUUCACAUGGUGGAAUGGGAGGUCAAAUGAAGAGUGUAUCUUUAAAAGACUUGACAGAAUCCUUGUGAACAUGACCUUUCAAUCCUUGUUUCCUACAAUAGAGGUUGAGCACCUCAUUAGAACAGGAUCUGAUCAUGCACCACUUUUGAUGAGCUGUGGAGAGGAAGCUAUGAAAGUUGUUAAACCAUUCAAGUUCUUAAACUUCUGGGCAAAACAUGAAACUUUCUUAUAUGUGUUGAAGCAUAAUUGGAUGACUGACUUUAUAGGGGACCCUUUCUUGAUGUUCAAGCAAAAAUUGAAGAGGGUUAAGAUUGCUCUUUCAAAAUGA